UUCCACCAGUAGUUGGGACUCUUUAUAUUCAUCUUCCUUGUAUUAUCAUCCUUUAUCUUCUUCACAUCUUGGUUUUCCUUGUAUUAUCAUCCUUUAUCUUCUUCACAUCUUAGUUUAAACCUCUAGUUACCAAUAUCAACCAUGCCAACUUCUUCAAUCUCUUCAUCCCAGCCUUCUCAGGACCAGUAUCUCAAGACCCUGUUAGAAUCAGCCCGGCCCUUUCUCCGCGGUGAGCUUGAGUUUGUUGAUCCUAAGCUGCCUUCUCUGGUUGCUGUUCUUCGAUCUGUUGGUGCUGGGGAAUGCUGGCACAAGCACGGAAGCUUCCUCGAUCACCUGGUUGAUAUAUACAAGAUCCUCAAGCUCUGGAAAGCCCAGGAUUCUGUUUGUCUUUGUGGUCUUUUUCAUUCUGCUUAUUCCAAUUCUUAUGUCAAUCUUGCAAUCUUUGAUCCCUCGACGGGUCGUGACACGGUGAGGGAUCAUGUUGGUGAGGCUGCAGAGCGGUUGAUUCACUUGUUCUGCAUAGUCCCUAGGCAGCCCCUCAUUCAUGAUGAUCUUUUGUUCAAGUACUCUGAUUCGGAGCUUGUUGAACACCUUAAGGUUUCAGAGGUUUCGUUGAGGAAUGCGAAAGAGAAGGGGGUGUUUGAUGGGGAUGAAUCUUGGAGGAAGAAGGUACAAGCACUUGUUCCUGCAAGUGGGAUUACUAUAAAGCAUAUCAAGACUGGCGAAGAUGUUCUUGUUUCCAGAAGGGUGGUUGCAGUUUUCCUGAUGAUGACAAUGGCUGAUUUCAGUGACCAGUUAUUUGGUUUCCAGGAUGCCUUGUUUGAUAACUCAAACGGGCGCCUCGAGUUUUCUGGGAACAGUUUUACCGCCUUAUGGCCUGGCGAUGGGAAGCCGGGGCUCUGGCUGAAUUCCAUAUCAAGAAUGGGUGCUAUAUACAGUCUUCUAGUCAGGGAAGAAGAGAUUUUCAUUGAAGAAAGGAAAAGGGGCAAUGACAAUGGUUUGGAUCGCGACAGGGACGAGGACUUAGAGCUUGUGAUCCCCCCAGUUUUCGCGAAAUGCACAAAGGUACUGGAUGCAGGGGAUCAGAAAGCUGCCAGGGAGCUGUAUUGGGAAGGUGUUUGUGACAUGUCUAAAGGGGAACUAGGCCUGGAUGGAGUUGAGAAGGUGCUGAGAAUGAGUGUGGAGAAGAACCCUUAUGUUGGGGAGCCUUAUGUGGUGCUGGCUCAGAUAUGUUUGAGCCAGGGGAGGUAUGAAGAGGCUGAGAAAGAGGCUGAGAGAGGGCUGACACUUUUGCUGGAGUGGGGGAGUCCCUGGGACAAAAGAAUGUCAUGGGAAGGAUGGGUUGCUUGGGCCAGAGUUCUGGUGAUGAAGGCCAGGGAGAAAUCUUGGCCCCAGACUUCUUGGGGGAUUCUCAAUCUGGGCCUGGUCAGGUAAAAGCUUGUGGUGGUUGUUAAUUGUUACUCACUCUGGUACAUAAUACAGACCGUUUGACUUUUUAGAUGUAACUUUAGGUGCUUUGACCAUAUAGCAAAUAUUAAUAUUUUUUGUAAUUUUUUUUUUACUGAAUAAAAAUAUAAAUGUUAAAUUUUUA